UCUUAUCCAUUCAUGGCUGCUUCAUCGCUUCUCUCUCUUAUGUUUCUCAUCUCAACAUUACUCUUAGCUUCAUCUUCACUAUCCGUAGCUCUCAGUCCCACCACCUUCACCAUUCCUCUCUCACCCAUCUUCACCAAAAACCAACCCUCUGAUCCAAUCAAAACCCUCAAUUCCCUCGCCUCUUCUUCUCUAACCAGAGCUCACCACCUCAAGCACCCUAAAUCAAAACCCCCACUUACCAAAACCAAAGUAUUUUCUCACAGCUACGGAGGCUACUCAAUCUCUCUCAACUUUGGCACACCCCCACAAACCAUUUCUUUCAUUUUAGAUACUGGCAGCAGCCCUGUUUGGUUUCCUUGCACUUCACAAUAUAUUUGCAUCGAUUGUAACAUAGACCCAUCAAAAAUCCCACUGUUCAUUCCAAAACUAUCAUCUUCUUCAAAAUUUAUCGAUUGCCAAAAUCCCAAUUGUGCUCGGAUUUCAAGCUCAAAUCCCUUGUCUGGUUGCCAAGGCUGUAAUUGUUCACAAGCUUGCCCUUAUUUCUUUCAAUACGGUUUAGGCUCAACUCUUGGGCUAUUACUUUCCGAAACCCUCGAUUUUCUUGAGAAACUUUUCACUAAUUUUCUUGUUGGGUGCUCCAUUUUCUCGACCCAGCAGCAAUCUGCUGGCAUUGUCGGGUUUGGUCGAACUCCAGAAUCGUUGCCUUCCCAACUAGGUCUCAGUAAAUUCUCUUACUGUUUAAUUUCUCAACGGUUCGACGACACGUCGGAGAGCAGUGACCUCGUUUUGUAUCGAGGGUCUAGUUCUGAUGCCAGGACCCCUGGCCUAGGCUACACGGCGUUUAGGAAAAACCCAUCUUUUAUUCCUGAGUACUAUUACGUUGACCUUCUUAAAGUCAUUGUGGGCAGUAAGUCAGUUAACAUUCCGUACAAAUAUUUAGUUCCUGAAAAUAACACUAAUGGUAACGGUGGCACUAUUGUGGACUCUGGGACAACUCUCACCAUCAUGGAAAAGCCGAUAUUUGACGCCGUGGCAACCGCAUUUGAGGCAGAGAUGGUUAAUUUUACUAGAGCUUCUGCUUACGUGGAAGCUUUGAUUGGUUUGAAUCUGUGUUUUAAUAUUACUGGGUUAAAAUUUGAGAAGAUAAUAUUUCCAGAAUUAACCUUUGAGUUUAAGGGUGGGGCAAAGUUGGAAUUACCGGUGGUGAAUUAUUUUGUACCUGUUGAUGUUGGUAAUUCUAGCUUCGUGUGCUUGACUCUUGUGACAGACAGUACAGUUGAUUCGGUCGGGCCAGCGAUAAUUUUGGGAAAUACUCAGCAGCAGAAUUUUUACGUGGAGUUUGAUUUGGAAAAUGACAGAUUUGGCUUUCGGAAACAAAAUUGUAAUAAGUAAGCUGGACUGAAAUUAAAAAAAUAAAAAAUAAACUCAAUUCUAGGCAAAUAUGGUACUACUAGAAAUUCA